GGAGACCGAGUCCGACCGUGUUCAUCAACAACAGCCCGUGCGCCCCCUGGAGGGUUCGCCCCGACCAAGUAUCUCAUCAGCGGUGUUGGGAGUCGGCACAGUCACUAACUUCAAGAAUGCACCAGUACCUGUGCCUACUGUUGCUGUGUGGGGUCGUGCAUGGACUCAACAAUGGCCUGGCUCGCACACCACCCAUGGGUUUCUUGUCCUGGGAGCGAUUUCGCUGUAACUUGGAUUGCAAGAAUGACCCGGAAAACUGUGUCAGUGAACAUCUGUACAAGUCCAUCGCUGACGUGAUGGUUGCUGAAGGUUAUCGUGACCUUGGGUACGAGUAUGUCAACAUUGACGACUGCUGGCCUGCCAAGGAACGUGAUGCGGAGGGCAGGCUCCAGGGCGAUCCGGACAGGUUCCCCAGUGGCAUGAAAAACCUGUCUCAGUAUAUGCAUUCAAAGGGGCUGAAGCUAGGCAUCUAUGAAGACUUUGGUAAAGAAACCUGUGCAGGCUACCCAGGGAGUGAAUUCUUCCUCCGCACAGAUGCAAACACAUUUGCUGAUUGGGAAAUAGAUCUCCUCAAGUUUGAUGGUUGUAAUUCUGAUCCGAAAGAUAUGGACGUAGGCUAUCCUUUGAUGGAGUUUUUUCUCAACCAGACCGGACGACCUAUUCUGUUCUCCUGUAGUUGGCCUGCUUACGUUGUGGGCACUCUGAAACAAGUGCCCGACUACCAAGCCAUCAAAGAAAACUGCAACAUCUGGCGGAACUACAAGGACAUUCAGGACUCAUGGGACAGCGUCCUCGACAUCAUCAACUACUAUGGCAAAAAUGAAGGCAACUUUUCCGAAGUCGCAGCUCCAGGUGGAUUUAAUGACCCUGAUGAGCUCAUUGUUGGAGAUUUCGGCCUCAGUUAUUACCAGCAGAAGGCACAGUUUGGAAUGUGGGCCAUGAUGGCGUCGCCAUUAUUCAUCUCAGCCGACCUUCGCAACAUCAAACCUGAGUUCAAGGCCAUCCUGCAGAAUAAAAGAGUCAUCGCCAUCAACCAGGACCCUCUUGGUGCCCAGGCCACCAGACUGUACCAGGCCGGUGCGAUUCAAGUAUGGCGGAAACCUCUGGCAGUCAAUGGAACAUUUGCUGUUGCUGUUCUCAACACAGAUAAUCAGGGCAUGCCAACAAAGGUGACUCUGACACCAGCGCAGAUCGGUGUGCCCAACCCUAACGGCAUCAACAUUACCGAGACAUACGAUAACGUCCAUGUAGGUGCAUUUAAGCCUGGCCAAAGCUUCACCCUCUCUGUCAACCCAACUGGGAUCUUCCUUGCUACUGUUGUGCCACUGUCAUAAUGGGAGGCAAAUCUUCUGGGGCUGCUAUGAAUCCACUAGGAGGUGAAUAUGAUACAUGUCUCAAAUAUUGGGAAACAAAUAGAAUAUUGGGUAACGAAAGGAAUAUUGGGUAAUGAAUGAAUAUUGGGUAACGAAUGGAAUAUUGGAAAA